AUGUUGCAGGAUGUUAUCCACCCCCCAACACCAGAUGAGCAACUCCCCAUUGAUGAGAUUUCAAGCCCAAUCAGUGCUCGAAUUUUCGAACUUUGCGACCCUGAUUUUUUCCCAGAUACACUGCAAAAUUCUGAGGUUACCUCCAGCUCAAAUUGUUGCCAUGAAGACAAGUCCUCAUAUGCCACAACCAUAUCUCCUCCUUUAGACUUAGUAGACAGCAAGAUCAAUAUCAAUAGCAAUAGCAACAUAGUCACCACCUCAUCUAGUACUACCACAGCCAGCACCACUACCAACAACAACAUCAACAACAACACAACAAAUAGCAAUAACCUGUCUAUCUUCUUUGACUCUCAAGAUGAAAUUGACAAUGACAUUUCAGCCUCCAUAGACUUCUCAUCAUCUCCAUCUUUUGUUGUUCCGCCACUUCUCCCAAUCACAAUUCAACAGGAUCAGUUUGAUUUCUCUUCAGCUCAGCCACAUGUGCAGCUAUCAGCAGCAGGUUCAGUUUUGAAGGGCCUCUCUCAGUACCCUGCUGACCCUGUGGUGGCUCCUCUUAUUGGGGCUCCAUUAGCAUCAGUUUUUGAUGAUGAUUGCAUCUCUUCCAUCCCUUCUUAUAUGCCUCUCAACCCUUCUUCUCCCUCUUGCUCUUAUCUCAGUCCUGGCAUAGGAGUGUACAUGCCCCCUCCUGGUUCCCUUACCACUGCCUUAUCUUCUGACAGUUCUGGAUUGUUUGGUGGGAACAUGCUUCUGGGGUCUGAACUGCAGGCACAAGAACUGGACUACCAGGGAGAAAAUGGUGGAAUAUAUUGUACAGAUUCAAUUCAGAGGGUGUUUAAUCCCCCAGACCUUCAGGCACUUGGUACUGAGAGUCAGAAACUUGUAUCUGGAGCUGGGGGCUCUGCCACUUUGGCACCAGAAAUUUCACACUUGGAGGACUCUACCUUGAAGGUUGGAAAACUUUCUGUUGAGCAGAGGAAGGAAAAGAUUCAUAGAUACAUGAAGAAGAGAAAUGAAAGAAACUUCAGCAAGAAAAUCAAGUAUGCUUGCCGUAAAACUUUGGCAGAUAGCAGGCCCCGGGUCAGAGGAAGGUUUGCAAAGAAUGAUGACUUUGGAGAGAGCCAUAGACAAGGAAGUAGCAACCAUGAAGAAGACGAUGAAGAGAUAAUUGUGAAAGAAGAUGAUGAUAUGGUUGAUUCCUCAGAUAUCUUUGCACAUAUCAGUGGGGUGAACUCUUUCAAAUGCAACUAUUCCAUCCAAUCCUUGAUUUGA